UGAAGAAGCCGAGGAGAUCGAAGAGCCACAUCAUUAAGAAACGGACCAGGCGUCAAACAUACAAAUAUCUAAAUAAGUGCAUAUAAAAUAGAUGAUAGAUGCUCAUGAUGAGUAGCAUACUUAUAAAUGAGCAGUUAGAUGUCACUCCCCAAGUUUCGUACCAUCGCUCCACAACGGUCACCGAGUUUGGUAUCGAUGCAAGGCAAUCAGCCAGCGAGACCUCACGUAUCAGAGGACACAUAAUCAAAAGAAAGGGGCCGCAUGCAGCGCCAUUUCGCAUUUUUGUUCUUGCCCUACCGAGGCAAUCCCUCAUCGUUUUUUCCGCACUAGGUUCAUUCGUAAAACGGCCGUGUCAAGAUGGCAAACCAAACCAGCCCAAAUGCCAUGCCAUGCCCCCUAAAAACCACGCUUCAACCGAAGUGCCCGGGUAUAAUUCUGCGUUUCAAUAUGCUCACCAAUGCCAGACCUAUCAUCCAGUCGUACAAAGAAUCCGCAAGCCCAGGUGCCGGAAGUCAUCGACCAUUGAAAUUCCAUUCCUCAAGGCCCCGUCGAUAACGUUUCGAGUGCAGUGUAAGGCACUCCAUUCCGGCUUCAAGUCAAGUCAACUAAUAUCCCCUUCCACCCUGAGGGGGUUGUUGCUGGGGAGGCAGUUGAGAAGGAUCGGGGUAUCCGAACUGCUGCUGAGGCAUGAAUCCUAUAUGUACUUUAGUAUUGAUACGAAUUGCUUCCAUGCUUCGUUCUCGGCGUACCUUGGGGAGGAGCGCCGUAGGCUUGCUGAGGAGGAGGGUAUCCUCGGCCAUAAGGCAUAGGCGCAUACAUGUUCGGGGCAGGGACUUGGUAGCCGUGUCCAGGGGGGCCAUUCCGUAAGGAGCUGGUCCUCCAAAGCCUCGCCCGUACCCACCUCCUCUACCGAAGCCACCUCGAGGGCCAUUGUCGGAUGCCUUGUCAACUCGAAUGGUUCGUCCGUCAAACCUGGAUAUAAUUAGAAUCUAUACCAGAAUGCGAUAGCAGAUCCGCCAUGAAAUAAGGAACAAAAGUGACUCGUACUCGACAU